AUGCCCAAUCCCCUAGCGUGUCCAGAAUCAAGCAAGCCAAUUCAGUGCUGGGUGCCACAGGAAUUUAAACAUCCUUGGGAGGAGUACGCGGAGAAUUUGUGUUGGAUCCAAAAUACCUAUUUCCUUCUACCCAAUGAAGACGUCCCCGAGGACGACUUUGAACUGCAUCGAGUGAAAUAUGUAGGCUACUACCAGUGGAUAGUGAUCGUGUUGGCCGGCCAAGCGAUGCUGUCCUGGGUGCCCUACCUUGUUUGGCGAGUCGGUUCAAAGCGCCUUCCUAUUCUCCUACGAUCAGCAAGAGAGGCCGCUGUCCCGGACAGGGAGCUACGGCAGAAAGCUGUCUCGUGUUUGGUUGCUACUCUGGAGGAGAUAUCUGAAUCCACAGCACGCCAAAAACGGGUUAAAUCCUCCUUCAAGCGGAUCUUCUGCUCCAUACGACCGAACGUUGAGAUUACCCUCCUAUUCUUUUUUGUCCGAUGUCUUUAUGUCGGGAAUUCAGUUGGACAAAUCUACCUGAUGAAACACUUCAUCGGCAGUAAUAGCUCCUACUUUGGCAUCGAUGUGCUCAACAACCUGAUUGCUGGGCGUGACUGGGAAGCCACGGGACAAUUUCCACGCGUCACCUAUUGUACAGUCAAUGUAAGAAAAAUGGGCCAAAUCAAACCAGCCAGCUACACCCUUCAAUGCGUACUUCCGAUCAACUACUUCGUUGAGAAGGUUUUCGUCUUUCUGUGGUUCUGGUUCCUCCUUCUGGGUGCCAUCACCACUUUCAGCACGCUCCAGUGGGCCUUCAACACACUGGUGCCAGUUCGGCGAAUAGCCUACAUCAAACAGUACAUCCGAGCUAUUCGCCAACUCUCCAACACUGAGGAGCGAGACUGCACCCGCUUCGUGAAUAACAACCUCGGUCCAGAUGGUGUCCUCAUCCUCCAGGUAGUCUCUCGCGCCUCCAGUGAUCUCAUCGCCCUAGAUGUGACAGCAACCCUUUGGAACAACUACCGUCAUGCAAAAAUUACUGGAACCGAGGAGGACUUUAGUCGAUUUAUUGAAAACGUAAACCGAGGGACUUCGGCUGUAUAG